AUGAAUUUACCCUCAGAUUCAAAGCAGCCUGCCAUUUUCGCUAUUACCAUUGUCUUUGCUUCUAUCAGUACUCUUCUUGUGGGCGUACGACUGUACCACCGGUUUCUAAUCAAACAGUUCCAUUGGGAUGAUGGCCUCAUAUGUAUGGCAUGGGCAUUAGCAGUUGCGCAAGCGGGCGUUUUUCUCAAGUUUGCCGUGUUGACGAACCAGGGACAUCACAUCUGGAAUAUCGCUACACCCACAAUCGAUCAACUCGUCGAGGCGGACAAGUGGAACAUGGCUCAGCAGCUCCUAUACAACCCCAUCCUUUGUCUUGUGAAAGCAUCGGUACUAGUCUUUUUGAUAAGACUGGGCGACCAAAGAACUCUGGUUUAUUGGAGUUUGCAUAGCCUCUGGUGGUUCAACAUGGGCCAUAUGAUAUCCGUCUUCUUCGCCGCUUUGACACAAUGUCUGCCUAUUCACAUGUACUGGAACCACUACUACACGGACGAGACUAUAAACGGCAAGGUUGUCAAUCCGAAUUAUCAGUGCUACAACAUGGCCGCUUUUUCUCUCGUCACUGCCGGCCUCGCGAUUCUGACAGAUGUUCUCAUACUGCUCGUACCCGUAGCCAUGAUGUGGAACUUGCGCAUCGCACUCCGCCAGAAAUUCGCUGUCAGCGCCGUACUCUCUGUCGGCUGGAUCGUAGCCAUUCUCGGCGUUGUUCGGUUCAAAGUUUUCUAUGACUUUUGGUACCCAUCGAGCACCUCCAACGACCCUACGUACAAAGUUUCCAUUACCCUCUCCGGCAUCGAAGUCAACGUCGCGAUCAUGACUGCCUGCGGUCCCGCGCUCAAAGCCCUAGCAACGCGAUGCGUACCGAACCUUUUCAGCUCCAAGAGUACCACACAGAUGAAUGCCUACUACACACGCGGAUACGAAAUGAAUUCAGGUACUGGCACAACAAAGAACGGUCGCUUCAUUACUACGGCGCUCCAGCCACGCGACAACGACAGCGAUAGCCAAGCGCACAUUGUGCGCGAUAGCAGUUCGCAUACAGACAACAAGAGUAUAGAAGCACCAUCGAUAGAGGAAGCGGCGGCGGUACCAAACAGCAAUACGUUGACAAUCAGCAAGGGCUGA